GUCUUCGGUGAUGAUGUGUGACUGUUAAAGUUAGUUACAUCACACCAGAGGCGGCAGUUAGCCAGCGCGAGCUCUUCUGACUGUGACUCUAUCUGGACAUACUAAUAGAGAUGUGUUGCACGACGUAUAAGGAUGGAUAUACAGCGCUAACAGGCUCAGAAGCACAUAAAGGCUGAUAUAUGUCUGGAAUGAGAUACCACGGUGGUUAACUAUCAGUUCUUCCGGGGAUGUCAGAGACAUACAUGAAGACUUUGUAAGUGAGAAAUCAUGGCGACCAUGUCCCGAGCAUGGAGCAUCCUGGCUGCUGUGAUGGCUAUGCAGCUCUGCACAGGUCUCAAAUCCUGCUCCAUCUCGUCCAGUGCUGGGCGUGUGGUGCACCGAGGUUCCACUUUUAGAGUGUAUUGCACCUUUCAAUGCGAAAGUAAAAGAUCAACUGAGAGAUCAAUUCGCAGCUAUCCCCCGUCCACAAAACGGGACUAUGCAGUACUGAAUUCUACAACAAUAUAUCAUGAAGUGGUCAACAUUACCGAGGAACGAACAUUCAGCUGUGAGGACCCUUGUCAUCCUGCAAAGGAACCCUGUGGAAUGGACAUUGAGGCAGGCUACCCACCAGAAAAACCUAAAAACAUUUCCUGUAUCCUCAAUGUCACAAAUAACAAAACUGGGAUUGUGAAGUGCACUCGGGAGAAAGGACGCAACACUUUUGUUAGGAACACAUCCGUGCUAUGGGAGAUAUCUGUAUUUGAGAACCACACAGCUGCACCUGUGCUGCACAGCAUCUCCAGUAAAGGAAGUGUGUCACAGUCUGCGAGUAUUUCUGUGUCCAGCUCUGCCAGGAAGAUCUCUGUGUGGGUCAAGAUUGAAAAUGUGCUGGGUUCUGCUGAGUCCAUCCCCUUAAACUACACACUUACAGACAUUGCAAUGCCAUUGGCUCCUGUUCUUGGCCAACCUGAAUGUUUCUCCCGAAUGUGCAUCGUCAAAGUGGAGCAGUCUGUGAGGACUCGGUACAUUGAGAUCCAGUACACAGCAGACACGCAAACAUGGACUUCUACUUUAAACUCAAUGAGUCAAGUACAGGUUCAACCUCUGGAGCCCUUCAGGUUGUACUAUUUCACAGCCAGAUCAAGAUUCAACACUGGACACUGGAGUCCUUGGAGUACAAACACCUCUGGCUGGACUCAGGAGGAGGCUCCUGCCAAAGAGUUGGAUGUGUGGUACAUAGAAGAUCCCUCUGAUAAUAACUCCCUGAGGCUGUACUGGAAAAAGCCAAGUGUUUCUAUUGCUCGAGGAAAAAUCAUUCAGUACAAAGUCAGUGUUUACAGUCAAAAAGCCCAAACUCUGAUCUUCACCACUAACAUGAGUGCGGAAGCCUGGAACUAUAAAGUCCCAUUUUGUGCUGACUGUGAAGUGAAAGUGUGGGCUUACAACUCCAAAGGACCCUCACCGCCUGCUAGAAUUACAACCAGACACAGAAAAGCCAAGCCCCCUCAGGAUGUUCACUUUUCAGCAAACAACCAGAGCGUCGCCAUCUCCUGGGGAAAGCUUGAAACUGCAUCUCUGCAUGCAGAUAUUGUGGUGGAGUGGUACCCAGAGGGGAACAAACAGGAAGAUCUCAGAUGGGCCAGACUAGGGAGAAACAACCAUUUGGUUAUUACCGAUAUAACGCCAGCUGAGUGCUAUGAGAUAGCACUGUAUGUUUUUUAUAAUGACAGUUCAGUGGGUCAAACAAAAUUUAGAGAAGUCAUCAUGGAUUCAGUCCCAGCAGCUGGCCCAUCGGUCCAAGAGAAGGUAGAUGGAAACAAAGUGAAAGUGACCUGGAUGGAGAUUCCCAGGGGUCAGCGUGGGGGCUGUAUCAGAAAUUACAGUAUCUAUUUAGAGAACAGCAAUGGACACCUGCAGCGUUACUCUGUGCCAGCAUCAGAGAAGACGUACACUGUCCAAGGUCUGUCUCCAGAUACCCACAGCCUGUGGAUGACUGCUUCCACUGAUAAAGGAGAAGGUCCUGCAGGUCAAAAGGUCAAGUUCUUCAUCGAGGAGGAAGCCCCUCUAUCGCUGCUGCUUGUGUGUCUUGUCAUCCUGCUGUUCGUGCUGUUUCUGAUAUGCCUGUGGCAGUGUCCAGCUGUAAAGCAGAGGUUUUGCGGUCUUUUUGAGUGUCUCAUGCUGGAGGCUGUUCUGGAUCCUGCAAACAGCAAAUGGGCAAAAGAGUGUACACAGGAGAAGGGCAAAAUUAACCUCCAGCUGCCGCGAAGUCCCUGCAGUAUAACUGAAGAGGAAGAAGAGCCAAUCCUAGUGGAUGUUGAGGAGCUGCCCAAUCUGAGUAGUGAAACCUGCUCAUCUCCUGUUGACUCCACACAGCUCUCGUCUGAAACAGGCCUGACCCCUCUGAUGGAGCAAACCACACUGCAUUACCCUCUGACCACAUACAUCAAGAGCUUGUCCCACGAUUCAGACACUUCUGAUAAAACAGAGACCUCUCUGGACACAAACUCAACCAUUGACUACAUCUCGUCACAUGGGCUGGGAGAAAUAGACGAAGAGGAUCAGGAGGAAGAAGAGUUCCCACAAACAAUGGGUUUCUUCUCCAGCCACAACAUUUUUAUGGGGUCACUGGAGUUUGGAGGGAAGCUGACUCUGGAUGCAGUCAAAAUUGAUUGCACAGACUUCUUUCAGAACAUGUAGUGUUAGCCCAAAACUACAACCCUCUGUCAACGUGAGACUACUAAACCAUAGAGAAUGGACUCUGACCAUGGAGGGGGCAUUGGUGAAUAGAUUCUUCUAUUUUAGUUUCUUUUUGGAUCACAUCUCAAUAACAAGGCCAAAAUCUACCUCUUUACUGAUUGGUAUCAUAACUAUAACGAAAUCUUUUUGCCAAAGUCUUUCUGAGGUGUUAUGAAGCAAUCGUGUUUGACAAAAGGAGUGCUUGUGUUUUCUUUUCAUGCAUUAUCUUUGUUUUUAUUCAGAGCAGCACAGAGCAAAGUUAUACCAUAACCAGUGCACUCAGCUCAGGUGGUAAGGUGGUGGAAGUCAGGUGUUGUUAUUUGUGUCUACCUCACCUUUAAGUAUUUGACCAGAGCGUCGGGAUACAAAAAAUAAGAAAGAACAUGUUAAUUUUCCACUUGCGUUAAAAGGAAAAUCCUGGGGCACUAACACUUAAGCAGCAACUUGGAAUUCAGCCGGAGGAGACUGUGGCUACCUCAGGGCCUGUGCUGUAUUGGGUCCUGUAACAUCAAUGGACCAAUCAUAGUGGGAUGAAACUUGAUUUACAGCAGUAUUAUUGUUACCUCUCAUAUGGAAAUAUGCAUAAACGGUUUGUGUGUGAUUAGAUUAGGCCUCUUUGUUGUUAAUGAAACAGUAAUGAAGUCUGCAUGUAAAUGUAUCAGAUGCUGUCGUUCAUUAUGUACAGAUGUGUGUGCUUUUUUUCAUGGCUAUUUAUUUCUCAUUUAUAUGCAUUGUAAACUGCUUAUUGGAGUGAUUUUGUUUGUUUGGUAUUUCAGUGGAACUGUAAAGGAGCUGUAAGACAUGCUGUUAAAUCAGUAUGAAUAAAUGCUGUAAUAAAAUAUAAAUUGGGCACCAGGGCCCACCAUAAACUUGUUACGCUAAUA